AUGAAAGUGGAUCCUCUACGACAACCGGUGACGUUCCGCUCAGUGGUUAGACGCCGGAGAGGCUCCACAACACUUUCCAAAGCCAAAUUUGCACCAAAAGAAGGUUAUGGUGACUGUUUGGUGGUCCGCAGUCGAGUGUGCCCGACAUUGGUCAACAGAAAAGGGCCAAUUCUUCUCCACGACAACGCUCGCCCGCACCUCGCACUACCGACCCUACAAAAGCUGAACGAACCGAGCUACGAAACUUUGCCUCACCCGCCAUAUUCACCGGAGCUUUCGUCUACCGACUACCACUUUUUCAAGCACCUCGACAACUUUCUCCGGGAGAAAUGCUUCAAAACUCAAGACGAUGCUAAAAACGCCUUCUCCGACUUUAUCGCCACCAGAAGCCCGGACUUUUAUGCUACUGGCAUAAAUAAACUUGUUUCUCGUUGGCAAGAAUGUGUUAAUUGUGAUGGUUCUUAUUUCGAU